UCAUGGCUGCUGAUCAAGUUUGUUUUACACUGAUUGGUUUGUCCCCAGAAGCCAAGUCGUCUUCAGAACAACAACUAAAAGAUGAUCUUCAGAGCAACAAUGUAGAUGUUAAACGUGAAGCCCUUAAAGAGGUGAUUCGGCUUAUCGUGAAUGGGGAGCGUUUCUCAAAUCUAUUGAUGACUGUCAUAAGAUUUGUAAUGCCGUCACAAGAUCAUAUGAUCAAGAAGCUUUUGCUGUUGUUUUGGGAAGUCGUACCCAAAUACGGCCCGGACGGAAAACUAUUGCAGGAAAUGAUUCUUGUCUGUGAUGCUUACCGCAAAGACUUGCAGCAUCCAAAUGAAUUUAUUCGGGGUUCGACUUUGCGAUUCUUAUGCAAACUAAAGGAACCGGAAUUACUUGAGCCCCUGAUGCCAGCCAUUCAACAGUGCCUAGAGCAUAGACAUGCUUAUGUCAGGCGAAAUGCAGUUUUGGCGAUAUUUACUAUUUACAAAAACUUCGAACAUCUUAUCCCGGAUGCACCAGAAAAGAUGCUACGGUUUUUGGAGCAGGAACAGGAUGCUUCUUGCAAACGGAACGCCUUUAUGAUGUUACUGCAUGUUAGCCAAAGCAGUGCCCUAGAGUACCUAGUUUCCCGAUUGGACCAAGUGCAUAACUUCGGAGACAUUUUGCAGUUAAUCAUCGUUGAGCUGAUCUAUAAGGUUUGUCACGCCAAACCUUCCGAACGACUGCGCUUUAUUCGUUGUAUCUACACGCUUUUACAAUCUAGUAGUCCAGCAGUUAGAUACGAAGCAGCUGGUACGCUGAUCACUCUGAGCUCAGCUCCAUCGGCUUUGAAAGCGGCUGCGAGCUGCUACAUCAAUUUAAUCCUCAAAGAAAGUGAUAACAACGUAAAGCUUAUUGUUCUUUCUCGUCUGAAGGACCUUCGGCGCUACCAUGAGCGAAUUCUUCAAGAUCUAGUUAUGGAUAUCGUUCAAAUUCUCGCUGCCUCUGAUAUGGAAAUUCGUCAACAGACAUUAGAUCUUACAAUGGAUUUAGUGACAUUGCGCACAGCAGACGAGCUUGUCAAACUUUAUAAAAAAGAAUUACUGAAAGCUUGCACUGGUACCGAUCGCGCAGCUGCGUCAGUAACUGCUGCAUCCACCAGUGGAGAUAAGGCUAAUAAUACAGGGGGUAAUUCAGAUGAAGCUAACUAUCGAUAUGCCCUGGUUCACACUAUCUAUGACAUAUCAAUCCGCUUCCCGGAAACCCUUGGAAAUAUCGUACCGACUAUCUGUGAUAUUUUGACGUAUGAAGAAAUUGGUGAUUCCAAGGCUGCAGUUGAAGCUUGUCGAUUUAUCCGAGAAGUACUGCAUCGAUUCCCGCAGCGAAAGUCCGAGGUAUUGGAGAAGUUGAUGCAAGUUUUUCCCAGUAUUGCCGGCCAGGAAACAUUGCGAUACGUUCUUUGGAUAUUUGGUGAAUUCUGUACAACGCUGGAAGAGAUUAACACAUGCAUCACUCUUAUUCGGCAGGUCAUCGGAGAUCUUUCGUUGGUGGAUGAGGAGCUCCGGAGGCGCUCGAGAGAAUCGGGUGACGGUACCCCGGAAGACAUAUCCGCGUUACUCUCCUCAGAUGUUGGACCCGGACCAAGCCCAGCGCAACGCGUUACGGCCGAUGGUACAUACGUAACACAAACGGCACUUACUUCCAGUGAGUUUAUUGAAAUUUAUCGGUUUACAGGCCUGACUAUAAAUUACGCACACAAAAUUCUAAGAGCAAAUGCUUUCGCCUGUCGUUCUUGUUUACUGUCUUGA